GUUAAUUGAUUAGAGCUGAAUUGACACAAAGUCCAUGGAUCUACCUGUGGUUUAUGAUAUUGCACCAAGUUCUAUUAAAUUAUAGCAGGAGUUCCUUUAUAUUCUUGGUGUAUCUUGGCGCUUAGUUAUUUUUAUGAUACAAAAGUCAGGUUUUUAUUCCUCUCUUUCCUCAUCAGUUCGGAUUACUUGGUUUUCCAGAUAGUCUAUUUUCCUUUAAAUCUAUCUGAAGCCAGCUUAGUCAUGAGAUGGUGUACACCAAAGCAAGCUAACAUGACAAUGCUUUUUGACGAUGAUAUGGAAAAAACUUGGUGAUUAAGUUAUUAUAGUAGAAGGUAUAGUUAAUUAAAGUUGUGUCAAAUGUUAUUAAUGAACUCUUAUCUUGCCUUUUAGUUGUAGAAGAAACACUGUGGUUUUAUUUUUGUACAAAUAAAUCAUAAUGCAUAUUUGUGCUUUAUUUGCCAAUAUUUUUCCUUGUUCACUGCAUCAAGCUUUUUGCGCAUUUGCUAUGCAUGAUUGUGUUUAUAUGGGAUUGUGGUCUUGAAAUCUUAGGUGAUAACUUUUUCACAAAGGUUUAUGGAAAAUUUAAUUAACAGAACAUCCACCAAAUCUUCCAUAUCCUCUGCCUGAACUUGGCUGGGGAGCUAAUUUUAAAUCAGGAGAAUUCGUCUUUGGCAGUCUUUGCAGCAGCUUGGUUCUCGGGCUUGAAUAUGAGAGGAGAAGUUUUUCUUUUAUUUGUCACUUCGGUAUUGAGUGUGGUGUGGCCACUUUGAAUGUACUUCAGCUAUAAAAUCGGGGAAACUAUUGCUAACAAUUGAGGAAAUUCCAUAAUGAAAAUUUCUAGGUGUGAAAUAGUGAUACUUGACGAAUAUAACAAUUCUAGUCUUCUAGAUGUAAGUGACAUUAAUCUAGUUCAAGGGCCAAAAGACAGAUUAAACAGAAAGGGAGACCCUUAGUGACAUGAGGGGAAUAUUCCGGUAGCCUGGGAAAGUUUCAUUUGUGAAAAAAGAAAGGUCUUUGACCAAGUAUUAAGAUUCCCUUAAAUUCUAACCCGAGUUUGAGGGUCUCAAGUGAAAGAAACACAUGAAGUGCGUUGUACAAUAUUUUUUUAGAAAGAGAUGUAUAAUUUUAUCUUUUGUAGAGUUUUCAAACAACAUUAAAUGCUCAACAGAUACUGUAAAAUUCAUUUAUAUGUUUUCCUCCCAUUUGUGACUGUCAAAUUUAGAAUAAAAGUUAUCCGUUUGACUAAUAAAACAAACAGCUGGAGCUUUUAAUAAUCUGUGUUUGAUUUGCGCGACUCAUUGGCAACUGCUAAAUAUACAAACAAUAUGGCAACCGUAGGUUGGCCUCCUCAAAUCAUUCUUGGCCACAAACCCCUCUUUAUAAACCAUCGUACACACAAAACACACCCCAUGUUUCUCACAUCAUUUUUCUUCUCCGUCUUCUUCAACCAUUCUAUUUAUAAUAAUAGAGCUAGCCAGAGGGAGAGAGAAAGGAAGGUUCUAGUCGGUUCUUGAGCACUACACAUGGGUAAUUGUGGUAGUUUGCCCAAAACCAAGGGUGGCAUUGAUGUCUCGGUUCCGGCACCUAAGCCAACUACAACUAAGGAUUUGGUGGAAACCAAAGAGGAGGAGGAGGUGAAGGUUCAGCAAGAAGAGAAAAAGAUUGAUGGAAAUGUUGGAGAGCAGAAUGCUGGCAGUGGGAAGUCCGGCAAUGAGAACGAAGUCCUGGCCGUUGGCUCCUUGCUCAAUGAGACUAAAGAAAAGAAAGAGGCAAAGGAGAUUGAGAAGAACGGCGAAAUGUCAUCAGAGCUGAAAGAAGAGAUGACAAGUAUUGGGGAGGUAAAGGGCGAACCAGAGAAAACGCCAGCAGCUGCCGCAGAUGCAAAAGGCAAAGAAAACAAUAAAUCUGAGAAGGAAACCGCAGAUAAAGAGGUGAAGGGUGAAGUACAAGAGAAAGCACCUGAAGCUGCAGCAGAUGCAAAAAACGAAGAAGACAAGGAACGUGAGAAGGUGAAUAUUGCAGCUAAGGAGGUGAAGGAUGAACCAGAGAAAGCACUGAAGAUCAUGACUAUGGAUAAGGAGGCUAAGGGUAAACCAGAAAAAGCAUCUGCAGCUGCAACAUAUGACAAUAACAAAGACGAAAAAAUAUAUGAGGAGAAUGGUACCGGAGAUAAGGAGAUAAAGGGUGAACCAGAUAAAGCACUGCAGAAGACCGCAGAUAAGGAGGUAAAGGUUGAACUAGAUAAUGAGAUGAAGGGUGAAUCAGAGAAAGCACCUGAACCUGCAGCAAAUGCCAUAAGCAAAGAAGGCAAUAAAUAUGGGAUGAAUACGGCAAAUAAGGAGGCAAAGGGUGAACCGGAGAAAGUACCGAAGAAGGCCGCAGACAAGGAGAUAAGAGGGAUAACCAGAGAAGGCAUCUGAAACUAGCUGUAACACAUGAUACAAAAGAACCACCCCACCAAAAAAAAAAAAAGGAGAAAGGACAAGAAAUGUGAGAUCGAAGAAGAUAGUAGAUAACUAGAUAAGUGAGAAGCUGCAAUGUGAUCGAGUCAUGGAUGCAUGUAAUUUAAUUAAGAGUAGUCGUAAUAAUAGUAGAAGAAAAUGAAGCUUUUGUUUCCGUUUUGCUCCGAAGAGAAAUCAUUUGGGUUGGCUAGGGAAAUCGAGUCUAGCUUGAAUUUGUGGUGGUUUCAUUAUUUUCUAGGAGAUCAAGAUCAAUAAUGUUUUACAAAGAAUAUUUUCUGUAUUUCUGUAUAUCAUUACUCAUGCAAUCUGAAAAAAAUAGGCCCCAUUAAAUU